UGGCUGCAUCAAAAUUGAGCUUGUAGCCAAUAAUGCUCCUUUGGUUGCCUUCGUUACCGGCGGAUGUAUCGGUAUCCGCUAUCCUGUCCAGCGUGGCCGCCGCCACGGUCACUGCCGCAUCCUUCUUCUCAAUCUACAAGUCUCACCUCCUCCGCCCGCACAAAGAGAAUCUCAUAACACUCCAUCAAGAGCAACCCAAACGCAAUCCUCGUGGCAAGAUCCUGUUCGUUUCGCAAAUCGGAUUUUCAACUGCAGAAGCCCUAGCGAAGAGCCUCUGCGAUUUGUUAGAGUCGAAAGGCCUCGUUUUGGAGGUCGUAGAUGCUCGGACUUACGAUCCCGAAGACCUACCCAAGGAGAACCUCAUCCUCCUCCUUCAUUCAACUUCGCAUAACCAACCUCCCCUACCGUUCGCCGACAACAGCAAAGGAGCAAAGGACUUCGCUAGUUGGCUCUUGAAAAACGCGGAGAGCUUUGGGAUCGGAGCGGUUGUUGUGAAGACUUGCGAUUUCACUGCAUUUGUGGUGGGCAAAAGGGAUGGUAAGAAUUUGAUGGCUAAGGCCGUCAAUCAUAUUAGGGAUUUGGAUCAUGUUCAAUACGGUUCUGAUUUUGAAGAGUGGUGGGGAAGCAUUGUUGCGACGGUUUCGGGAGAAGUUGCUAAUGGCAUGUGCAGGGAAUCUGAACCUGAGUUACAGGAUGAUGCUGGUUGUUGUGAUCCAAAACGCAUAUAUAUGUUGGUGGAAAAUCUGUAUGAUGGAUUUAGAAGUAGAACCUACAGGCGCAGGAUGUUAACUAUCAGUGAGGCCAACUUCAUGAAGAAUGGAACUGUUGAUCUUGAAGACGGAGGUCCUGUAACUGUCAAAUGGCCUCUUCCACAUGGUGGAACAAGCGAUUCUAGUUUACCAUUAUCUGAAAAAUUUUGUUGUUCCGUUGGUCUCAGCUUGUUCUUUCUUGGUGACCGGGAUAAGGAUAUUGAAAGGCAACUGGAUUUUGAUGGCGCUAGAAACAUUUGGUGCCUCAAGUAUGAUGGUCAUACUUGGAUUUGGAGUUUAUGCAGAACCAUCCUUUUCCCCCACCAAUUGCGCCCCAUAAUAAUUCCAUACGAUGGCAAAUUGUGCUGCAUUGGUGAUUAUUGGGUUGAUAUCUACAACCUAAAAUCAGAAUUUUGGGAAAAGAGGGAAGUGCCCGGCAUGCGCUUGAAUCCUCACUCUUACUUUUUGUGGGAAACCCUCAUUGUGUUGUAUUCUUUUGAUGAUGUGAAUCAAUGGCUCAUGUCAUAUGAUUUGAAUGCCAACAUUUGGAGCCCCAUUGAGUGCAAUUUUCCGCCGUUUUGUGAUUACAAAGCUGGUAGGAAACUCGUUCGUCUGGGUUGCAGUGAUUUUCUUCUUAUUAUUGAUGUUGUAUCUAUUUGGUGCAUCUAUGACUUGUCUAAGAAGAAACCCGUGGCAGUUGUGCAUGUGAAUGAUUUGGAUGAGAUGGGGAUGGUGUCUAACGUUUUUUGUUGUCACCACACAAGCAAAGAAAGUCUGAUCUAUGUCUUUACUAGUACAGAUCAAAUGGAUAUUAAAAGGGAUAUAGACCGUCCAAAUCAAUAUAUUACCAUUGUUCCUUAUGCCAGAGUCAAGCUCCAAACCGAGGGUAAUUUUUCUGCUAAGGUUGAAUCUAAGGGUAAUCUUAAAGUUGGUCCCCAUCUGAAGUACUAUGUGUUUGCUGCUGUAGACCAAGACAUUAAAGGGAAGACUACCGUAGCAUAAAUGUUGCUGUUAGGAAUAUGUUUUCUUGAACAGAGUAGAUUAGGUUGUAUUAUUCUUAUCACAUAGUUUUAAGACGAGUUACUUUUUUGUCUCUCUUAUGAUGAGGAUUGAGGUUAUUCAACAACUUUUCCAAUUUCACACUCGUUUUUU